UGACAUUGUAGUUACAGGAGCCAGGAGGUGAGAACAGUAGAAAGUGACUAUGGCAGAUGACACGGAAUUAAUGGAUGAAGAAACUCUAUUAACGAAACACCGAAAAGAGAAGAAGGAACUGCAAAGUAAAAUUCAAGCACUUAAGAAGACAGCAACAAAAGGUGACAAGAAGAAGAAGAAAGAAGUGAUGGAGGAAAUUGCUGCAUUGGAGAUGGAAUUAGAGAAAAAACAGAAUGAGGAAUUGGAUAAACUAAGAGGAAUUACGGAGGUUAAUGGGAUGUCAACAGAUAUGGAAAAGUUGCAUUUAGAUGAAAAACAACCCGAAGAAAAAGUAAUGGAAGAUGAGGAGGAGGAAGAAGACAAUUGUGGUGGACCAAAUCUACAGAAACGUAUAACAAAAGCACAAAAAAGGAGAGAGAAAAAAGCAACAAAAGAGAAGGAAAGAGAGAGAUUAAUAGCAAUACAGGAGACAGAAAAUGUACAUGGAGCUAGAAACAUAGAAAUGCAGAAGAUAAAACAAAUUCUGAAAGAGAAGAAAUUGAUGUUACAUGAAAUACCAUCUGAUGGCAACUGCUUAUAUUGUGCAAUAGAUUUUGCACAGGCGGCAGCUGGGGGAGAAGAAAUGGGAUAUCAGACUUUAAGGAUGCUGACCAGUCAGUUCUUAAGGAAAAACUGCUCUGAUUUUCUUCCAUUUCUCAGUGAUCCUGUGACGGGGGAUACAUUUUCAAAAGAACAGUAUGAAGAAUACUGUGAUCAGAUUGCCAACACAUCCAGUUGGGGUGGACAAGUGGAGCUGCGUGCUCUAUCACAUGUACUUAAAUGUCCUAUAGAAGUUAUUCAAGCUGUUGGACCUACUAUUGUGAUUGGUGAAGAAUAUAAUGACCACAAGAGUAUAAUUUUGACAUAUCAUAGACACAUGUAUAGAUUAGGAGAACAUUACAACACUGUAAAACCUUAUGUAGAUAAACAGGAUGAAGGCAAGUGAUAACAGCUAAAUGAGUUGCGUACUGCAAAAGUGAGAAGCAAGUUAUCACUAUCAGUCUAAUAACACAAGCACUGAUGUUUGUGCUGUUGGUGUGUUCUUAAGAGUUGGUUAAAACUAGCUGUGUGCUGUUACUUCCAUGCUUGAGUGCUAUAUGAGUUGAUGCUGACUGGUUUUGGAAGCCUGAAUACAAAGAGGAGAAAGUAUUAUAAACUGAACUGCAGCCAAGUAUAAUUUUUUUGUUAAUCAUCUAGUUGGAUUCCACUGUUUACUCUGUUACUCAUUAAAAAGAAAACUAGUGAUUUAGAUCUCGACUGUAUUACUCCUGUGCAACAGAACGGAGAAAAUACAACCUUAAUUCUGUAUCUGUGACCAUGUUAUGAGACAUGCAGAAGCCUGUACAAAUUUCAGGUGCCAGAUGAAAAUAUUGUCCAAGAAUUUGGUAAUUUGCUGAGUUUUCAGAUUUAUUAUAUGCUGCAAGAGGUAUGCCACUUACUGUUGGGGUGAAGGGAAAAAAUACUUUUUCUGAAUUGUUUGGUGUCAAGUUGCAUCUUUUACUGAUGCAUGUUGCUGUGUCUAUUCAGUGACUUUUUGACUUUUUUUUUUUUUUUUUUAAGAAACUGCCACAUCUUUUUUAUAGAAAUGGUAUGAAAUGCAAUUUAAGGUGACCAGAUGUGAUUUGGACACACUAUGUACAUCUUUUAUACCUCAUACAGAAUUGUUGCUGCCAUGUGAUGGUUAAAGUUUUGUAAACUCAGGUUACGCAACUAGAACAAAAUGUGGUAUGCACUUUGAAGCACAUUUAUACAGUGGAUUGUCUGAAUUAAAUUCUUUUAAAAGGGA